UUUACUUUUUACAAAGUCGAAAACUGAAAAAUUAAGAAGAGGAGACCCCGCAAAGGCCCCUACCAUUGUUGCCAGAUAAACAAUCCAUUUUUUUAGUUUUCUGAAUCCCAUUCUCGGUAUUCGCUUCCUCUUCGUCUUCUUCAUUUUAUCAGAAAAAAAUAGGAGAAAAAAAUUGAAACAUCGAGGUUCAUUUGAUCGGAUAUCGCAGAAGAAGGGUAAAAUGGGGUCGCAGGAGCAUUUGGAGAAGAUGCAGCAGCGCCAGAAUUAUCGGAACCUGUGGCACACCGAUCUUAUGAGCACCAUUCAACGAGAUCCUCCUUAUUGCUGCCUGUCCCUCUGGUGUGGUCCCUGCGUCUCGUAUAUGCUCCGCAAAAGAGCUCUGUACAAUGACAUGUCCAGAUACGUGUGCUGUGCUGGAUAUAUGCCGUGCAGUGGUCGGUGUGGAGAAAGUCGUUGCCCUGAGUUAUGCCUUGCAACUGAGGUUUUGCUAUGUUUUGGAAAUUCAGUAGCCUCUACAAGGUUUUUGUUGCAAGAUGAAUUCAACAUACAGACAACGCAGUGUGAUAAUUGCAUCAUUGGUUUCAUGUUCUGCCUGCAACAAAUUGCUUGCAUAUUCUCUAUUAUUGCUUGCAUUGUUGGGAGCGAGGAACUCUCAGAGGCAUCUCAACUCCUGUCGUGCUUGGCUGAUAUGACACAACACAAGGUUGAAAUGGACAAGCGAGACGGUAAAUUUGGCCCCCAACCGGCUAUGGCAGUGCCAGGCGUUCAGCAAAUGUCUCGACUCGAUCAGCCACUGCCCCCCAAUGUUGGAUACACUCAUCCUCCUCCUCCACAUGGGCAACCCCAGCAAUAUCCUCCCCCACCCCCUCAACCAUACGGGGGUUAUCCACCAGCUGCUGGAUAUCCUCCAUCUGGAUAUCCACCCGCUGGAUAUCCGCCUGCUGGCUAUCCAAGGUGAUAUUCCAUGUAAUUGGUAUUCUUUCACAUUUUCUCUGUGGUAUUGCAUAUUGCUGGCUGUAUUCAAUAGACCUGCGGGUGUUUGCUAAUGGCGUCAUUGAGUUGGUGAAUUUGUUGAACUGUGUAUUCGACUUUCGUUUGCGUUUCACUAGGAUUGGUGGUUGGUAAAAAGAAUUUGGGUGUUGUUUACACUUUUGUUAAUGUGGAACUAUGUUUAAGCUAUUUUUCAUUAUCAUUUUUUCCCUAGCAUCUUUUUGUGAUUCAAUGUCGUGCAGGUGUUAUGUUAGUUCCCGAAAUGGAAUAUACCAACAUCAUGUUUGAGCUUGG